UAUCGUGUUAAUCAAUCCCACGUCUGGCGACAUCUUACUCUGUCCAGAUAUCUUACUGGAUCUCUUCGAAAGAGGGGUCGAAAUUCAUUUUUCAUGCCCAGAAUCCGGAGGUCUGUUCCGAACCUGACAUCUCAUCGCGACAUAUUCAUACGUCACUUGCCCUCUCCGAACCAAUGCUUAACACGAGGUGAUCUCAUUGUCCUGUCGCGUUAACUGGCUCGGCGCACUCCACGGCUUUUCACGAGCAAAUCCACCUCCGACUCCCAGGACGCGUUGUACUUUGUGGGACGUGACAACUUACGACUUGAAACCGAUUUCGGCCCAUGCCAUGCACUGAUCUUUGGAUUUCACCUGCUCACUCGCUUUCGACCCCCCACAUCAGGAAUACAUCAGACGAUCGUUCGAGAUGGCUCGUGGGGACGCGCAAGGAAGCGACGCGCAAAUGGAUUCUCAGCAAUGGGAGGGCCAGCGGGAUCUACGUUUCAACGACGAGUUGUCAUGGCGCGCCGGCCGAACAAUUCCAGUUCGCGACCUCUUCACGCGCCUCAAAGCUCUCUCUGCGGAGCUCCGGGCGGUCGAACAACACGAGAUCAACCGCGAUUCUCUACUCCCGGUCGCGAAGUCGUUAGCGAGUACCAAUCUGCUAAACCACAAAGAUCGCGGAAUAAGAGCGUGGACGUUGUGCUGUGUGGUCGACAUCUUGAGUCUAUGUGCCCCUGAUGCGCCGUAUAGCGGAACCCAACUGAAGACACUCUUCAAUGCCAUCAUUUCGUCCAUCCUCCCCGAACUCGCCAAUCCAAGCAACUCCUAUAACGAACAGCAUGCAUACGUCCUCAAAUCCCUCGCCGAAUACCAGACCAUUGUCCUUCUUAUCGAUGCCGAUCCUUCUAAUAACCUUCUUGAAGCAUGCUUCCGUGCCUGCUUCGAUGUCUUGUCUGGGCCGUCGAAGUCCGAUUCUGGAGAGGAGCUGUCCAUCAACGUCCAGAAUUAUAUGACUGAUAUUCUCAUUGCCUUGGUAAAUGAGACGUCCGGGUCCCUCCCGACGGAAGUGGUGGAGAUCAUCCUCGCCCAAUUUCUCCGAGCCGAUCCAUCCACGAUAUCUAACAAUGCGCCUGCUAAAGGAAAGAAGGGCUCGGUAGUGGAUACCACGCAGUCGACGUUACUGAUCAAAGAUGCGCCCGCAGCCUACAACAUGGCCAAGAACCUCUGCAACAGUUGCGCUGGGCCCAUGGCUCGGUGUGUUGGGACGUAUUUCAGCACCAUCAUUGCCGAUAACGCCUUGAGUUCGUUGCACCUAGGUUCCAAUAGCGCGUCAAGAUCCAAGUCCAGCAAAAGGGCGCCAGACUCGGACGACAUAGACGGAGCAGGUGGCAAGCACGUUUCGGAGGAAGAUCUUCAGGAGGUUCGCAAGGCCCAUGGCCUAGCGCGCGAGCUAUGGCGAGCCUGUCCAGAUGCGCUCGUCGAAAUCAUUCCGCAACUUGAUGCUGAGCUUCAGACGGAAGACAUGCACCUCCGCCUUUAUGCGACGGAGACGAUAGGCGAUAUGGUGGCGGGCAUCGGAGCCGCUGGGCCACCGACGAUAUCGCUCCUAAACCCUCAAGCCUAUCCCUCACAGAGCCUUGCCAGCGCUGCGGAUGGCCCAGAGGAGUACAACUUCCUUACCACCCCGACGUCACCGCAGUCUUUUAUGUCCCAUCACUAUCAAGCAUUUCAAAAUUUCCUCGGCCGAAGGAAUGACAAAAUACCUUCGAUUCGCGCUGCAGCUAUCACGGGUAUUGGACGGAUUCUGCUCACUUCAGCGGGCGGCGUUGGCCUUGCUCCAGAUGAUGAGCGGCAGUUGCUCAAGUGCUUUUCCGAUAUGCUCGUUGAUGGAGACGAUAAGGUUCGCCUCAGCGCGAUUCGGGCAAUUGAGACGUUCGAUUUCAAGACCAUCGUGCAGAGGCUGGGCAAUAGCGGCCCGGUUGAUGAGCCUGGGUCGAUCCUCAACCGUUUGGCUGAUCGACUGAAGGACAAGAAACCCAAUGUUCGAUCCGAAGCUAUGGUUCUGGUUGCAAAGAUCUGGGGUGUCGCCGAGGGCGCAAUUGCAGAGGGGAGCGAGCGAAUGGCCAAGCUCUUCGGAUUGAUGCCGUCCAAACUCUUCGAGACCUACUACAUCAAUGACCCUGAUAUCAUAGCCAAUGUCGAUCGGUUGACGUAUAACUAUUUACUACCGCUGGGAUAUCCUUCGAUCAAGUCCAAAAGUUCAGCCGCACAAAACGGCAAAUCAAAGGCGAAGAACGACCAAGCGAACGGAUCGACAGAGGAGAGCCCCGACCAAAUACGUACCGAGCGCUUCUUAGUACUGGUCAAAGGCCUGGAAUCCAGAGCAAAGAGUGUGCUUCUGAAAAAACUAGCGUCACAGGGGAGCGCGGCCAAAUACAUGAAUGCCUUUAUCCAGCGAUGCGAGCAGUACAACGGUGGUGUGACUGACGGAGACGAUACCGCGAUCAAGACCCAGUUGCAAAUGAUCAUUCAGUUCUACGCGAAGACACUCCCGGAACCGUCCCGAGUCACAGACGACCUGUGGAAAUUCGCCGAGAUCCAUGAUCGGCGGUGUUACGCGCUAAUCAAAUUCUGCAUGGAUCCGGAAAGCGACUACUUGAAGGUGUCUCGGUCCAUUCGUGAGAUCACGAAACGAAUCACCGAAGCGGCUGGUCCGAAUUCCUCUCUUCUCGAUGUCCUUACCAUCCUUCUCUAUCGGGUCAGCGUGCUUGUCUACAACAAGAGCCACGUCCCUUCGAUUAUCGACUACUCCCGGAGCAACGGCAAAGGUCUUGGACAAACCGCUCACGACAUCCUCAAAGAGAUAUCGUCCCACACUCCCAGUAUCUUCAAGGCACAUGUGAAGGAGCUGUGCCAAGCCCUUGAAAGCGACGUUCCUUCGACCGAUUCACCGGUGAAGCCGGGAGCCGUCGACAAUCUCAAAGCCUGUUCUGGAUUUGCACGGCAUUUCGCAGACGAGGUCCCAAAGGACCGGAAAUUUAUGCAAUGUCUCCUUGCCUAUGCGACGUAUGGCACGCCGCCAAAAGCGGCGAAGCACGCUGUCACGAUCAUUCUCACGACCACGGAUAAGAAGGAGCUGCUAGCCAGGGAUAUCUUCCAGAAGUGCACGUCAGGUUUCCAAUAUGGCUCGAAGCAUUCUCUGUCGCGACUCGCAGCAUUAAGCCAACUGAUGCUUCUUGCUUCCGAUAAAUUGGACUCCAGUGAGGUCGACCAGAUAAUCAGUAUCGCGAUCAAAGACGUGUUGCAAAACCCAGAAUCGGCCGAGGCGGCCGACGCAGAUCCUGGUCCAGAUCCAGAUUGGCGAGACGUACCCGACGAAGCGUGCGAGGCAAAGAUGUGGGCGUUGAAGAUCCUCGUCAAUCAGUUGCAAUCGUGUGAAGAUGAGAAAACCAUCAAGGACAUUGCUGACCGCGGAUUCAAAGUCCUGCAUACCCUCAUAUCUCAGGGCCACCUCCCCAAGACAGGACCGUCGCCAAAGGCGCACCAAUCGAGAAUGCGACUUUUAGCCGCUCAACUCCUGUUGAAACUCACCACGGACCGACGGUUUGAUGCUUACCAAGGGCUGCGCGAGUUUAACCGACUGGCUCUCGUGAUUCAAGACCCUCUUCCGCAGGUGCGCAGCGGCUUCGCCAACAAGUUGAUGCAAUAUUUGGGCCAAACGAAACUUCCCCAGCGCUACUACACCUAUACCUUCUUGCUCGCAUAUGAACCCGAUAGAGAGAUCAAGGACACCGCGACAACAUGGAUCCGGUCUCGUGCCGCUGCUUUUGCCAAAGCCAAAGACACGUCGAUGGAGGGCACCAUUGCACGAAUAAUCAGUCUCCUUGCGCACCACCCCGAUUUCGAACCGAGCAUCGAAACACUUCGUGACUUCGUCAAAUACAUCCUGUUCUACCUGGAAUGCGUUGCGAACGAGGACAAUCUCUCCCUGAUAUACGCCAUCGCCCAGCGUAUCAAGACCGUUCGCGACGCGAUCAAUCCGAAGAGCGAGAACAUCUAUCAGCUGUCCGACCUCGCGCAAUCCGUGAUCCGCCGAUUCGAAGACAUCAAGGGUUGGUCGAUCCAAGCGUUACCAGUGAAGCCCAGCUUGCCGGCCGCCUUGUUCGCGGUUCUCCCGAGUCACCAAGUCGCGCAGGACAUUGCCAACAAGCAGUACAUCCCCGAAGAACUCGACGAGGAAAUGGAGGACGUGGUCCGGGCCGGUCUCCGCCCGAAGAAGGUAACUCCGCACAUCCCCGCUCCAGCGACUCGACUGACCUGUACAGCGCAAACACGACCGAACGGCUCAACCACCGGCCAAGCGGUCACGGGCGAGCCAGACCGCCGCCGGCGCGCCACGGGCGAAAUCCGCAAAGAAAUCAGUCAAGUCGCGUCACGUUCGAAGCAGUCCGGCGUUAAAAUCUGAUGAUUUGGAAGGGGCGGAGCGGCGGCGGAGCGGCCGUCACACGGGCACGAAGAACUACGCUGAGUCAUCUGGUGACGAGGAUGGAGAGGGGAAGGGUGUAGGACCAGGGGAGGAUGUUGCCAUGGAGGAUGAAGAGGAUGAAGAUGAUGGAGAUGAUGUUCAUGAGGGAGAGGCGGAGGACCAGGAUAACCAGGCUGAUUCUCAGGAGAGUGAGGA